AUUUCAGUUACCCAGUCACCCGGUAAGGCUUAUUCCAUGUUGAGCUAUUUUCAAUGAGUACCUAUUUCACUAAACGAAUUUAUAAACAGUUAAAUAAAUACAGUGAAACCACAGUGGCGUGUAAUUGAAGCGCAUUUAUUAUUUAAACUGGCAUAUUUGUGUGCGUUUACGUGUGCAUGACUGAUCGUUACGGAACGCUUGUGAUGGUGGUUAUAGUGGAAAGUUUAUGAUCUACACAUACACCCUACCAUAGAAUAAGUUCAAGUGAACGCACACAGGACGUAGCGGUAUGGCUUCAGAGUCCGAGGUCUCCGCGAGCCACGUGCGCGACUCCGGGGCGCUGCGGAAAGGACCCGACAACUCCCUCCUCACAUUUCUCGGAAACAUCGGGGUCAUCGUGCUGGUCAUCCUGAAUGUUCUCUCACUGCUGCUAGGUAUCGGGAUCAUCGUGGUCGGCAACCAGAUCGACAAAGGAAUCGAUAAGAAUGACAACAUCACCAAGCUUCUCGACAAAGUGGACUUCGGCUCCUUCACGCUCAUGCAGAUCGUUGACGUCAUCAUCAUCGUCAUCUACGUCAUUGGCGCGGUGGCUAUCGUCAUAUCGCUGUCGGGCGGACUCGGGGCACUGCUGAAACUUCGCGUCCUACUAGCCAUAUACAUUGUCUUUCUGGUGUUGAUGAUCUUUCUGGAGCUGGCGGUACUCGGCAUCUGGAUCGAGUUGCUCAGACAGGUGCACACCAGGCUACAGGGUCUGUUUGACGACUUACUUAAGAAAUACACAGGCUUUGAUGACAUCACAUUUUACACCGUCGGAUGGGACUUCAUCUUUAUAUUGUUUAACUGCUGUGGUGUGCGGCCAGUAACGGCGACAUAUAACGACUUUCAAGCUUUGCCGUCUGAGUUCUGGGCCAGCUCUUCGCGCGGAAAUGACGUCAUACCAUUCGCGUGCUGCAAAGACGUCAGUGUCGAGAAUUAUCUCAACUACAACAAUACAGUCUGCACCGUUCAACUACAGGACUAUCAAACAUCCGGAUGCUAUGACAUCUUCCGAGAUACUUUCACUGUCCUGGGAAAGGCGGCCAUUUCAGUUGUGGGCAUAAUCGUUCUAAUAGAGGCGGUAGCCAUAUUUUUCAGUAUAGUCAUCAUAAUCGCUGUCUCCAAAAAGAAGAAACUUUUGGUGGUAUAACGGACAUAAACUGUCCAUCGUACAGUACCCAUCCCGACCCAUGAAUCAGGGGCUCUUCGUUCCAUGACAAAAUUGUGUCAUUUUUCAUUCAAUCCUUGAAGCUGUCCACAGCAAAACUCAAUUACGGAAUAUUCCGUUAUGUAUGAUAAUGUACUCUAGUAUAUUAACCAGUUUUUGUUUGGUCUAAACUUCUGACAGGCUCAUUACCAUCAGCAGCUCUAGUCAUCGCAGACGUCAUAAUGGCAGGUAACUGCAGACGUCAUCAGGGCAGAUAACUGAUAUUGUCAAGAUCAGAACAAGUACGAUAGCUUUACGCCGAUUUUAAAAAAAUUGACGGUCAUUUCUUCCUUAUUUAUGGUUUUAAAUGUUGCUUUAUAUCUAUGACCAACGAAAAAUUAUUUAACCAUCUUCACGAAGUAAAUAUAAAUUUUAAAUACAAAUACACUAACACAUGUGAAUAUAAUUUGCUGUGCAAUGUCUGUGAUACUAUCAUUUUUACGUGUACAUAUCUUCAUUUUAAACUUGGCGCAUGUUUUAUCAUAAUUAAAAAGACUUUGUUGGAUAAAUUCCAAUUAUUGAAGAAUUCACAUAAAUGCUUCCACUUUAAGUUGUAAUUAAGAGUGUUAUAUUUAUGUAUGUUUUGUUAAAUGCAAACACGACUUAAAUUAACACUUUUAAAUGAACAUUUUUGUAUAAUGUUGCGUUGUUAUAACUGCUUCAUACGAAUUGAAAUGGUGUUAUACGCAUUUUUUAUCCAAAAGAAAUAUGAUAGCCACCAAAAAACGUAUAACCC